CGCCAUCUGCACACCACUGUUUCUCUCAUUUCAGCUCAUCCGUCGUUCUCUUGCGUUGAUUUUCUCUCUCUAGCUCCCUCGUCCACAUAUCUCUCGCAGGUAAGAUUUCCACGGCUUUUCGGGUUCGUCGUUGCUGAAGUUAGGGUCUGAUCUUUUUCAUUUCUUCUCGAUCUCCUCUUCUUCGACUUCCAGUGGUCUUUGACUCUUUGUUGGCUUAAUUUGCAUACCAGAUGUCGUUUGAUCCCAGCAAGAAGCAUCAGUGGUCUCUUUGUUUAGCGUUCCUUUUCAUGAGCCGGGGAAGGCUGUGGUGUUGUCAGAAGACCCUGUUUCGGCACUGGACUUGACAAUGCUUUAGGCCAGUGGUUAUUAGGGUACAUGUAGGAAUUUAGUUUCUGCAAUCUUCGGUUGUGUAUAAUUUAUUUGGCAAGAUUGGUUGAAUAUUAGUUCAAGGACACAGACGGGAUAUAUACUUAUAUAUUAUAGUUGGAUCUGAACAAAUUAUACUGUGGGAUAUUCUAUUGGUUAUAUUCAUGGCAAGAAAUUCCCUAUGUCCAGGGUUACGCUUCCAUCCCACAGAUGUGGAGUUGGUUAUGUACUUCCUGAAAAAGAAGGUAAUGGGGAAAAAAUUUCGAUUUGAAGCUAUUUCAGAACUCAACGUAUAUAAGUAUUCUCCAUGGGAUCUUCCAGAUAAAUCUUUGUUGGGAAGUAAGGAUCUUGAAUGGUAUUUCUUUUGCCCUAAGGAAAGGAAGUAUUCAAUCGGAGCUAGAACAAAUCGUCUUACUGAAACUGGGUUUUGGAAAUCCACUGGAAAUGACAGGGCCAUUUUUCACAAAGAACGAACUGUGGGAAUGGUGAAAACAUUGGUAUUUCAUAAAGGACGCACCCUCAAAGGGGAAAGAACUAAUUGGGUUAUGUAUGAGUACAGGAUUGUGGAUAAGGAGGUGGCAGAUGCAGGAUUUUUAAUGGAUUCAUAUGUGAUAUGUAAAGUCUUCCAGAAGAGUGGUUUAGGCCCAAAAAAUGGCGCUCAAUAUGGAGCCCCAUUUAAUGAGGAAGAUUGGGAUGAUGAUGAUGAAAUCUCUGCCAACCCUUCACCACACGAUGUUCUGCCCUUGCCAGCAGUGCAUGAUAAUAGCAACUCUGUUGUAACAGGCAUGUUUGCUCCUGAAUCAGGUCCAUCACAAGUUCUGCCUUUAGCAUAUGAAGUCGCUCCACCCAUUGCAGAUAAUGGUGAAGACAUUAAUUUUUUAUUGGACAUGUUCAAGGACGAUAGCUCUUUGCCUCCUGAUCAGAAUGAGGAUAGCAAGAUGGAUGUUGAGAUUAGAAGGCUUCCUUCAUGAUCAACAACUAGAAUUUAUGAUUGUAAUAAUCAUAGUAUAAAUAGUCUUUUAAGAUACUUUGUAGUCAGACAUAUUAUCCUAAUCUAACGUGUGAGGUUUUCUUAAACUUCUAAGUUUUGUAUGAACAUUUCAACUUUAAUCUUACACUGGUUUUAUACCUAAAUGUGCAGUUGUUUUGCGGUCUCUUUGUCCAGACUGGUCAAAAUUGUAUCAGAACAAAAGGAUCCCAUAGUUGUGUUAAGGAUUUUGCUUGGGAGCUGGGGUUAGACAUAGUAGAAGAAGUGGGAGAGCCAAACACGCCUAGCAAGGGGGUGUUUUGGCUUAGCUUAUUUUUUGGUUGAUGAGAGCUUAUAAUCUGAUUGACAGCUUAAUAUCUUUUUUUACCCGUUGGCAAAGUUAGAAGAAUUUAUAAGCCAUCCAGCUUAUAGCCUCUUCCAAUACCUUUUUUCAAAAGCUGGUAGGGGACAGCUUUUUUUCCCCUUAUUUCUUUUUUUUUUUUUGCAGCUUAUAUGGUUUCCAAAAAAGCUCUCAUUGACCAAGUAAAAGGCCAGAAAACUCCUUAAAAUAUAAGAUUUCGAAAUAAGUUAUUACAGCUUGUAAGUUGUAAGAGCUUAUAUGCUCCUAUAAUUUAAGCUCAGCCAAACACCCUUCAAAUAGAACUAGCUGGGAUGACGACAAUUCUACUACAAGCAGUUAAAAUAGGUGACGAUGUAUAGGCUUUUGCUGAACAUAUUCAACUGGUCCGUAAAGAAGUUAGAGCAGGUUUAAAGAUAGAAAUGAGUCUUAUCUUUAGUUUCUAAUCAACAUCAUCUGGUGAAGGAAUUUGAUGAGGGGGAUUUUGUACUUGUACACUCUAGGAAAUAAAGAUUUUCUAACUUAAAACACAGAAUCAAGUCAUGGAAACUUGGGCCAUAUAAGCUGUUGAAGAAAAUUAGCUCUAAUGCAUACCAUUUAUAACUUUCAUCUAAUUUACAAAUUGGUCCAAUCUUUGAUAUUUUUGAAUUGUUUGGUUUUGAGGAAUUUGAUGGUAUAGUGACUACAAUUCAAGAUGACGGGCAAUGCUUAUCAAUUGAGCAACAAAAUUGAAGACGGGUUGGAUGUUAGAUGAAGUUAAUUAGGGAAGUCAAUUGAGAACAUUUUUGGUGAAUGGCUAGGUAGUGAAAGUGCUUGGAUUGUUGAAGAUUAGUUGCAGAGGACUAAACUGGGUAUGUAUGCUGAAGUUGUCAAAAAUUUUUCAUCAAAGCUAGGUUUCCUUUUAAUUUGGGAUGCUAGAGCAUGCUAUUUGAUUUAUUAUUAUUUUAUUUUUCUUAUUUUUUAGCAUAAGUUUAUUAUUUAAAAUAUAAACUCUCUAUUUGAGAGUAAAAAUAGUAAUAUAAAUGAUAAACUCUCUAUUUAUUUGCUUAAACUUUUAGACGAGAAUGUGGUUAACAAUUCAACAUAAUAUCAGAGUAGGUAGGGGUCCUAAGUUUAUUGCUAACCCAUUAUUUAAAUUGUUGCAUGUGUUUGGACUAGUUAUACAGUUAAGAUUGGUCACAUGUGAGGGGGUGUGUUGAAAAUAAAAUAUAAAAGAUAAAGUUAACCCUCUAUCUACUAGUUUAAGCUUUUUAGAGAGAUGGUGGUUAACAAUUCAACUUUUAUAUUAU